UCCGCCAUCACAGCUAGCCGCAGUUCUGAUGAGGAGAAGUUGGUGAUAAAGUGUAGUGGCGGGUGUGGCGUGCUUUCACGGGUAAAAACUUAACCGAAAUGAUUGAACUAACCAGAUUUUGGGCUUUCAUUUGUGUUCUUCUUGUUUCAAGAGGAGUUUACAGUUAUGUUGAGGCCGUGCCAGGCACGGUGGACUUGCCGGCAACGCAUUUCGAGCCACAGGUUGCGAUGUACUGCGGGUCCGAUAAGCAGCAGGCGUAUCACAGCCAGUACAUGACAGAGAGCGGUCACUGGGUUACCGACCUCAACAACAAGGCGCUGUGUCUUAAGGAGAAGGUGGAGAUCCUAGAAUAUUGCAAGAAGGUUUACCCGAAGCGAGACAUCACCAAUAUUGUAGAGGCCAGUCACUACCAAAAAGUUUCCAAUUGGUGCAAAGUGGGCCAUAAGAAAUGCAAGGGUUCGCAUUCCGAGUGGGUGAAACCGUAUCGCUGUCUUGAGGGGCCCUUCCAGAGCGAUGCCCUACUGGUUCCCGAGAACUGUCUUUUCGACCACAUUCACAACCAGACCAAGUGCUGGCAGUUCGACCGCUGGAACGUGACGGCUGCACAGGCAUGUCUAGACCGCGACCUCUCCUUGCGUAGCUUCGCCAUGUUGCUACCCUGUGGCAUCUCUCUGUUCUCUGGAGUCGAAUUCGUCUGUUGUCCCAAGCACUUCAAAGACAACAUGAAGCCGAAGAAACCAAUUGACUUGACAGCAUACAAGGGAAAGGAGCAAGAGGUUUUUGAUGAGGAAGUGGUUACAGAUGAGGAGGAAGAGGAGGAUGAUGAAGAGGAUAAUGAGACAGAGGAUGGUGUUGAGGAGGAGGAGGAGGACUAUGUCGAAGAAGAUGCGAGUAGCAGCACGGCCGGCACCCUGCCUACCCCAAGCCCCACUCCUUCGCCUGCUCGUCACCUCCAGCCCGCCUCUCCUGCCCCUGUAACACAGGUUCCCACUCCUGAUCCGUACUUCACGCACUUUGACCCCCGGCUCGAGCACCAGGCAUAUAAAGAUGCACAGCAGCGACUUGAGGAGAUGCAUCGAGAGAAGGUCACCAAGGUAAUGAAAGACUGGUCAGAUCUGGAAGUGAGAACAAAUGACCCUAAAGGAGCAGAUGAGUUCAAGAAACGCAUGACGCAGAGAUUCCAGAAGACGGUGCAAGCACUGGAGGAGGAGGGUGAUGCAGAAAAGCAUCAGCUGGUGGCCAUGCAUCAGCAGCGAGUCAUGGCGCACAUAAAUGAGCGCAAGAAGGAAGCUAUGGGUUGCUACACUCAAGCACUCAAUGACAGCCCACCAAAUACUCACAGGGUACAAAAGUGUCUGCAGAAACUACUACGAGCAUUACACAAGGAUCGCCAUCACACCAUCUCGCACUACCGCCAUCUGCUGACCUCCAGCUUUGAACAGGCGGAGCGUGAGAAGACUCUUACAUUGGAGCACCUCACUGACAUUGACAAGAUGGUGAAUCAGUCAUUACAGAUGCUAGACAGGUUCCCAGAUCUUAGAUCAAAGAUCGGUCAACUGAUGGAGGACUAUAUUCAGGCUCUUCGCAGCAAGGAUGAGACACCAGGAUCUCUGCUUGCCAUGACCCGGGAUGCUGAGGCGGCCAUCUUAGAAAAGUACCGCGCGGAUGUGGCAGCUAAGCAAGAAGAGAAGGAGCGCCAACGUGAGUUGGAGAGACAGCGUAAGGAGCAACGUAAGAAGGAACGUGUAGAGCUGCGCGAAGAAAAGCAUCACGUAGAUGCUAAGCUGAGCGGUCAUGAUAAGUUUGACCCAGAGACCAUGGAAGAUGAACACGUGGAUGAGUCGGUCAACACCGUGUCACCUCCGUCACUUGCCCCAGGGGCAGCACAGCCACACACGGUGGACGUUGCCCUUGUUGCCCAUGCGCAAGCCAAUGACGUUAGCCAUGGUGAAGCGACAUACUCGGUUCGCCGUGAGGUAUAUCACCGGGAAAGUAAGAGCAUCUAUUUCACGCUUGCUUUCGCCGGAAUUGCUUUGAUGGCUGCUGUGAUCGUUGGUGUUGCUGUACUCAGGAGGAGGAGCGCACGAUCACCUCAGAAUCAGGGGUUUGUGGAGGUGGACCAGGCAGCCACCCCUGAAGAGCGGCAUGUGGCCAACAUGCAGAUCAAUGGCUAUGAGAAUCCAACCUACAAAUACUUUGAAGUGAAGGAGUAAUUGGCAAAUUUUGAAUACCAUUCCUUCCACAAUUUAGCAGCUAGCCAUGCCAUCUAGGAGUUGAUAGUAAGAUUAAGAUCGGUCAUACAUAAAACUCAUUAAAAAAAUAUGUUAGUGACUGUCGUUUAUAUUGUCAUUUGUUUUGUAUCCGAAUGUUAAAAAACUCCGUCUGUCAGUUGGUGGCUCCCUCUUUAGUUUAUAUAUGAGUACAUUGUGCUUUAACAUUAAUCAUAUAUUGAUAAUAUGGCUGCAACCAUUUCAAAUAUACAGUGUGUCCACAAAGUCCCUUCGGGGUUUUGAAAAAUUGUGGCGCGCACACAAAUUGAGCUGGCCACAUGCGAU